AUGAAAUCCCAAUAUGAAAACUAUCUCCAAAUUUUAAGCCUCCUUCUAAAUUAGAAUCAGAUAUUAUCCUAAAAGCCAAGCUAUAUAUAGAAUAUAGAUAAAAGAAAAUGUGUUUCGCACCAAAAAAAGUCCGUAAUUAAAUAUAAUUGUACAUAAUUAAGUCCAAAAUAAACUAUUUUCAUACCUUCUAUAAUCACAGUUCCAUUAUAAAAUCAGUUAUAGUAUCAAAAACCAUAGAAAGCUUACAGAGAACCACUAGUAUUCACAGCUCGUUCUAAAAAGAGUGUUCCAAAUAUAUAUAGUUUGAACCUCAGGAAAACCAAAAUUAUUUUCAAUAGAAAUUAGAAAUAAGAGUUAAAAUUAUUCAAAAAUAAUGUUUCUUUCUUUUCUCAUUGGUCCUAUAGAUGA